AUGCUUCUUGUGACCAACCGCGCGGCGACGCGCCUGAAUCUGAAACCCUCUCCCACCAACCCUGAGCCCACCAAUACAAGGCAAUUCGCCAAAGGCUCCCUCAACAUGGACGUAGACGAGGAUAUACAGGAGAACGAUCCUCUCGACGAAGUUAACCUCGAGCGCAUAGAAGCAGUGUUGGAUGAGAUUGACGACAAAUGCCGGUCGGAGAACCAGGAGGAAAGGAGGCCGUCAGUAUAUCUUCGAAUAUUUGAGGAAAUGAUAAAUAUCGUCAAUGAGUACGAGUAUUGCCUCCUUUCUGAAGAGGAAUGGGAUGUCAUUGGUAAAUUCAGUCAUAUUUCCUAUAACUCGCGCUUCUUGCUUGCACGACUCGCUCUGCGCAAACCUGGCCAGUGGUAUUCAGUGCCGAAACUCCAGAAUCUGAAGAAGGAAGUUGGGGAAGGUCUCGUUGAAGCGAUAGACGAACUCACCUACACCAAACCCUCCUUCGAUACAUCCUCUCCUGAGGUUGAAAUGGAUAUUGAACCUGAUAUCAAACAGGAGCCCGAACCUGACUGCAUUGACCUCACGCUCGAUUCUGACGAAGACUUUGCGCCAGUUUCGUCCUCGGAAACGCGCACGACAACGACUACGCCUUCAUCGUCUCUGCCAAACGCUCCUGGCCACGAUUACUCCUACUUCUGUCAAAAUGAGAAAGUUAUGACAUUAUUGGAGAUGCUUAACUGCUUAAAGGUCGAGCAGCUCAAGGCGGUAGCAAAGGAAAUGAAGGUAAAGGUUGGAAAGCUGACGAAAGCUGAGAUUAUAGCUCUUCUGAUAAAUCGCUCUUCGAAACAAUCUACAAUUCCCUUCGAAUCAUCUCCUGUCAAGAAGCCGAAUAAUAGCUCACAUCUACGACAGAGUACCCUAGGAUUCAUAAUUACAUCGAAACACCCCAAACCACCACCGCUACGACAGAAUAAACUCCCCUUCAAACCGAUUAAGCCGCCCUCCCAAGAACUUGUAUUGCGAGGCCUGGCUCUCAAGCAACUGACUAAAUGUGUCCGCUUAAAUCCCGACAUAUUCGAUCUGCUGAUGCGAAUAAAUAUAAUCGCAUUUAGGAGCACCGAAUUACCGAAGUCCAUUGCCCUUCCCGCGCUCUUGACUGCAUUCAAGAAGAGGACAUACACUCGAUACGCCUUCAAACGUACCACGGGCGUCUGGGCCGACAGGGACGAUUUCCUUGAUUACUACAAGGCCCUGCAAAUACAUGCGCGCAUCGAGUCGCUAAUCGACCAACAGGUUCCCCUCCCGUCAUCUCCAAGCACUAACAAGCCCCCACCCGCUACUCCAAACCCCGCGAAAGCUUUAGCGACCCCAGCGAAGAGCCCAGCAAAGAGCCCGGUAGCUUCGUCAUCACGCAAGAAACUAGACGAUGAGAUAGAUAGUGAUUACGAGGAGGAAAUACUUGAAGAUUCUUCGAGGCAGGCGCGAGGGAAACAAGUCAAGGAGCUAUUUGUGCAGGAAAUCUACCCGAAGUGGAGAGUUCUUCUGACGCUACGCAACGCGAAGGACCUAGUUGAACCCAAGGAUGAUGAUGAACCCCCGCGUAUCGGCUUAGAGAGGUUUGAAUCCGGAUAUGUCUACACUCGGAUGGUGUCAAAGGCCACCGAAAGCUUCGGGCCGCUCAAAGACUACAAACUCGAGUAUCGUAUAAUAGAGGAACUUCUGAACCAGAAGGUUUGGUUGAGGGGUAAACGAGCGAAAUGGUACGAACGUCGAGCCAUACUGAUAUCACGCUAUAUGUGGGAUAUUUUCGACGAUAUAGUCAAAGAGGACGGACUGUCGCGGACGAGAGAAGGAGUUGUAGAAGCCCUGAACGAUGAAGAUACAGUUCUAGUAUAUAGGCCGUCCCUUUUCCGCAGACUUGAGCGACUCGAGAAGCAGCUGCACAUACCAGAAGCCGAGCGAAGUAAAUGCGAAGGGCAGCUGAGCAAACCCAAGGUCGUCGAACUUGAAGCCCUCCGCGUCAGGACUCGCAAUGGCAACAAAUUCUUAUUCGACGCCAACGGACAGCACAUUCCCCACACCGAAGACAAAGACAAGGAGAACUCUGUGAUUCCCGCGACGCCUGCCAAGCGGACAUAUCAUCAAAUGACCCUUACGGACACGCCCCAGUCAGCUCGGUCGAGAGGACUCGGCGCUCUCAUAACACCGUCUCCUUCGUGUUCUCAGACCUCUCCCUCGAAGACUAAGAAUCCAGUCGCGAAGUGGGUAGGCAAGUCUGUAUGGGUAGGCAGAGGCGGCGACGAAGUCAAUGUGGAGACUCGUGCUUUACAAUAUUACGAGCGGCAAGGCUUCAAAGGCUUUCAUUCCGAGACAAGCAUUCUGACCACACUCUUCGCCCUGCUGUUCUGGGACAUCAUAUUCUGGGAUGUACCGGGCGCGUUCGAGACGCCCUACCAGACGGAGCCUCUCGACCUACGCGAUGAGAUAUUCUACUACGCUCGGAAGGACAUUGUAGAUGUUCGAUUAAAGGAAAUUCGCGGAGGAUGGGCGAAAGAUAUCAUCGAGAAGCAUGACAAGAUGCAUCGAGAGAAGAAAACGUGGUGUGUGGGUAUGAGCUGGGACCUCUGCGAGUGCUCCGAUCUCAUUGAGAUUGCAGAGUGUCUUGGUGGUACAGCUUUGGCAGGGAUAUGCCGCCUUUUCUGCGAGGAUUACAGCGGACGGAGUAGCGGCGUCCCAGAUCUGAUCGUGUGGAAUCCAACAACGAAGGAAUGCAAACUCGUCGAAGUUAAAGGGCCGGGUGACACUGAACGAGAGAAUCAGAAGCUUUGGAUGGAUGCUCUGCUAAAUGUCGGGGUGGGGGUCGAACUUUGCCGUGUCUAUGAGUCUGGGAAACCACCCAAUGGGAAAGGCAGGAGCAAAGCUACGCUCAAGACUGCGCCGCAUAGUGGCAAACGAGUUUCAAGGGCAAAGAGGAACAGCGUCACUGCUUCCUCUUGCAAGCAAGCAACCGAUCAGGACACCUCAAUCGUAAUUGAUUCGGAUGCCAGAGUAAGACCACUUGUCGCCGACAACAAAGUAGAUGGAUGGGAUGAAGAUGAAGAGGACGAUGAACUUCCGACUCACUGCGCAAGAGAGUGGUCUUCGAUUGUGUAG